UUUUCUACCCGGCAGUGGGCACUCGUGAAUCAAAGAGGACACAUCUCGAUCCUCCGUGUCGUAAAAUUUCUUAACCCCGGAGCGUGUGUUUGUUUUCUUUUUGUUGUUUGUUAAAGAGUCCAAGUUUCGCUUAUUUGAAAUAGACUCGCGACGUGUUUGGCAACCUCUUCGCAUGCAGUGACCGUGUUCAGUUUCGGCCCGAGUGACAAAAAUUGGAGUGUUCCGUCGCCAAGUGCUGCUGUCUGGCCAAGGUCUUGGGUCAUGAGUGGAUUAACAGUGUCGAGCAGAAGAAAGUGAUUAGGCGUCGCGUCUUGCGCCUCAGUGAUGUUCAAUGGCAAUGGUGAUUGGGACUAGACAUGCAGGCCAAGUCGUAGAAGCUUCGUGGAAGUAUCUGCACUGUCGGCACGGGCGCGACAUUGACUGAGGAACAGGAUUGUCGCUAUGCCGGGAAGCAGAUCAAGCAACGACCCGGAGCAGAAGAGUCAGAGUCCUCGGGAGUCCGGAGAGGACUCUGAGGAUGAGAGUGAGAUCCUGGAGGAGAGUCCUUGUGGGCGAUGGCUCAAGCGACGGGAAGAGGUGGAGCAGCGCGAUGUGCCCGGCAUCGACUGCGCCUACCUGGCCAUGGACACCGAGGAGGGCGUCGAGGUCGUCUGGAACGAGGUGCAAUUCUCGGAGCGGAAGAACUUCAAGGCGCAGGAGGAGAAAAUUCAGCAGGUGUUUGAGAACCUGACGCAGCUAGAGCACCCCAACAUAGUCAAGUUCCAUCGCUACUGGACGGACACGCACAACGACAAGCCAAGAGUCAUCUUCAUCACCGAGUACAUGUCAUCAGGGUCCCUAAAGCAGUUCCUAAAACGCACCAAACGAAAUGUCAAGAAGUUACCACUGCAGGCCUGGAAGAGGUGGUGCACACAGAUCCUCUCAGCGUUGAGUUACUUGCAUUCCUGUUCUCCACCUAUCAUCCAUGGGAAUCUCACCUGUGAUACCAUAUUUAUUCAGCACAACGGCCUUGUCAAAAUAGGAUCAGUGGCACCUGAUGCCAUCCAUCACCAUGUCAAAACAUGCAGGGAUAACAUGAAGAACAUGCAUUUCAUUGCGCCCGAGUAUGGAGCAUCUGUCACUCCGGCUAUCGAUGUGUAUUCAUUUGGAAUGUGUGCACUUGAGAUGGCUGCACUGGAAAUCCAGGGCAAUGGUGAUUCAGGGACCUUAGUAACGGAUGAGCAUAUCCACAGAACUAUUGAGAGUCUUGAUGAUGGGCAGCAAAAGGAUUUUAUAUUUAAGUGCCUUCAUCGAGACCCCUCAAAACGGCCUAGUGCGAGGGAACUCCUGUUUCAUCCUCUACUUUUUGAAGUCCAUUCCUUGAAAUUACUAGCAGCACAUGCUCUUGUGAAUAGUGCAGCAAAUAUUUCGGACACAAUAUCAGAUGAAGUAGUCCAGCGGCUAUAUGGGCCUGAUGUUGUUGUUGCCGAAAUAAUGCAUACUGACCGACCUGGUGUUCAAAUACGCAUGGGUGAUGUGCAGGUUACAGAAAAGCUAGAAAAGUUUGUUGAAGAUGUGAAGUAUGGUAUCUACCCCUUAACUGCCUUCAAAGCAAGGCAACCUCCUCCUCCUAGACCUAGAGCAGUAUCGCCAGAAGUUACAGAAUCUGUCAAAUCAGUUACUCCUGAACCUCUAGAUAUUGAAGCUAGAAGAGUGGUAAACAUGAUGUGCAAUGUGAAACCAAAAGAUGAAAGCUGUGACCUGCUUAUGACUAUCCUUUUAAGAAUGGAUGACAAGAUGAAUAGGCAGCUGACAUGUCUUGUAUCAGAAAUUGAUACUUCGCUCCUGCUGGCUCAGGAGCUGGUCCAUUUUGGCUUCAUUAAUGAGGCGGACAAGGAGAAGAUUGCAUCAUUGAUAGAGGAAACUCUCAUCAGCUGUUUCAAUCAACAGAUGCCAAUGAGGCAGCAGCUACAGCAGCAGCUACAACAGCAGUCAACAGUUUUAAUAGGACCUGCCCCUACGGGCAGUCUUACAAACCAUGUUUCUAUUCAUACUGGAAGUUAGUAACGGCUGACUCGCCGGCGAGCUCAAGCCAAUGUCGCCGCCGGCGGCGAACAUGUAUCUUCUUGUUUUUAUCUCACUUUACGAACAUUUAAUUGUAAUCUGUGAAAGUGAAUUCAUCCCUUGUCGAGGCUUGCGGAUGUACUGGGGUGUUUUGCUUGCAGUGAUGUUAUUUAUUCAAAAAUGAUGUUUCUCUCCCAGUAGUAGCUAUAUAAGAUAUUACAUUCUUUCUAUAGUAUUGAUUUUUGUUUUGUAUUCAGUCAGUUCUAUUUUCUGUUGGCAUUUGUAAGUAGCUGUUUGUUAUUUGAUGUGAUUUAUAGCGAACCUAAGUAUUCUGUGUUCACUGGCUUCAGUCAUGUCUGAUGCCUACCCUCUGUUGUAUCAAUUUCUGCUUUGCAAGACACCCUACUUUUAACGACUCAGCACACUUGUGAGAAACCAUCACUAUAGUAGGAGCAGGACAUAAACUCCUGAGAUGUUCAAGUCAAAAGUCAUAUUUUUUUACACAUUCGUCUGAUAAUUUUAUCAUUUCUAAUGUUUCAUUGCAAAGAAAUUUUUGUAUGCAACCUCUAUCUGUAUACACACACUGCUGCAAGUGAGUAUGAGUACUUUCCAAGAACUGAAAUCUCCAAUUAGGCACUCUUUGGUGGUGACUUGUCCUUGUAGAUUUCUAAAUUUUUGCUUCACUGUAAAAUUAAUGUAAUGACAGGAUCUAUUUCCUUUUUGUGGUUUUCUCAACUUAAGUUUAAACAAAAGUUUUGAGGCCUUUUUAUUUUAUUUUUUAUUUGAAGGGUCAAGCUCACUUGCAGCAUUUUUAGGUCCCUUAUCACACGCCUACCUCAGUCAGGUUUAACUCACAGGUGAUUAAAAACUUCCAGUGUUCAGCCUUAUUUAUCUGAUCAUCUUCAUUUCAGGGACUACCUGUGUUGGCAUUUGAACUUGUCAUAUUUUUAUAUGAAUAUGAACUAUCAUUUGCUUUUCCAGUUGGUUGGAUGAAGCAUUUUAACAAAAGAUGAAUUGUAUUAUUGUAUUCUUGCUUAAAAGCUUUUGAUAAGUUACCAAAUAUCUGUUUGAAAAUAUAGUAUUGCGUUAGUCAGCAUAUUAAAAGACAAACUGUGUCAUUGUUUCCCAGGACCAUAUUGACAUUUAGAAUUGUGUCUGAAAUGCUGUGGAUUUUUAUCACCUUAAGAAGUUGCAUUUUGAAUAUUUAAGUUUGAAAUUCAAUUAAGUUAUAUUAUGCUGCUGUGAAAGUUGAGCUGUGCGUCAUCUUCUCUCACUCUCCCUUAACUCCUUUGUCCUGUGAUAAAUAAUAGAUUAAUUACUCGGAUUCCACUAGAGCCUUGGAGAUAAGUCUGAAAUAGUGAUUUUGGGAUGUGAGUCGAUGAGAGAUUGUAAGGUGCCUGGCUAUGGGGGCUGCCUCUGUGAUGAACCUCAGCUCUUUUCUGUGCGAGGCGAGGUAUAUAAUUAUUGUCUUAUGUAUUUGCAUUCUUGUCAAUGUUAUUGUCAUGUACAUUGUACUGCUCUGUCAAAUUAGUUUCCAACAUGAAAUUAUUAUUUUAUUAAAUGUAUGCUAAUGAUGCCUUAAUUAGUAGCCAAGCUAUGUAAGGCAUCUGAUAAUGUACAGUGUGUUCCAAUAUUGGUGGCAACAGCCCCUAUAGAGGCACUGAUAUAUCUUGACAGGCAAGUCAUCAGUAAUCUUAAUUCCGACUGAGAAUUUUAAGUCUUUUUUUUUUCUGUUUUGUUUUUGUUUAUAUUUUGAAAUACUCAAGAAAACUCAAGGGCCUUGAUGGUAUUCUAUAUCUUGAGUUGCUAGUUAUGAUGAGACUGACUUUGGUUGCAUGGCUUGUUAUGGGUUUGUAUGACCAGUGUGUCACACAUGUCAUGGACCCACUCUAUGUAUGCCCAAGUAUAGGUGUAUCUGUUUGUAAGCGUGAGCGUGUGUAUGUGUGUGAGUGUAUUUGUGGAUAUGUGCUGUAUAUGUGGACAUUCGUGCUCUUCAAGUCAAUUGACCAUGUUCACACACUUCUUGGUUAUAUCCAACAGAACUCAUCAGGAGUUCUGUAAGUUGCGCUUAGAAAUUUGUUAAAACCUUGUUUAAUUGGUUGAACAGUAAUGUUUCAUGGCUCAUGGUCAUAUACUAAGUUCUAUACUAAAUGCAGUUCAUUUAUGGGUGUAUUCUUUUGUGUAGUUGUUCAUGUAGUCUCACUUAAAUGGCUUAGUUCUGUUGGAUUCUACCCAAUGUUUGUGUAAUUUGACUAAAUUUUACCUGAGUGAACUUGACUUGAAAUGAGCAGAGUUGGUCACACUAUUGCUUGGUGGCGAAAUCUAUAUAUUUACUUUGUGUGUAAGAUAGAUUUUUUUAAAAUGGCGAAUCAAUUUACAAAAAGAAUAGUUUUGUUCUUCCCUAGUCUAAAUGCCAGAGCCACAAGUCUCUAAGCAGACUUAUAACAAUGAGCUUGUGAUUCUUACUGGCUACACCUUGCUGAAGCAUAUUUGUUGCUGAUGUCCUUCUGAAAAUUCAAAGAAUAACACAAAUGCUGAUGUGGUCAACAGUGCUUCAGCUGUUUCUUAUCCUCUGCCUCCUUUUUUUAAAUUAUUAUUGAAAAUUCUUUUAACCUUCUGAACCACAGUUAAGCUUCUUUCAUCUAAUGUAUUGAAGAAAAUAAGUGCAUCUUGAGCCCAAAGUGAUAAGCAUUUUUCUAAGGUUAUUUUAUAAUUUCAUUUUGACUGGAUCAAAUUAGUCAUAAAAUCAUAUGUCUAUUUUAUUUAAGUAAGAGUUCCAUAAUAUCUCAGACUUGGAACAUUUGAAGAAGACAAAUUCAGUCUGCUGGUAAUUUCACUAAAAAAAAUUAUUUUGUCUAUGAGCUGCGCAAGUCAAGUGUUUAUGUACAGCUAUUGAUUGUGAUUGUCAAUUUUAAUAUGUGGAAAUUCAAAGAGAUUCUGAAUUAAUCUUAACACUUGUUGCAUUGGAUGUGAAAAGUAUUUUUGGUGUUUUGCACUGUGUUUGCAUACCUUUCCUCGUGGAUCCAACUCACGUGAACAGUUUUAGGAGUGACUAUUAAGCCUCCUUCAAAUCAGACAGAAAAAAAUGUGUUCCCAGUUUCUUCUAAAUUUUGUCACGGAAAUAAAGCAUUUGAUUUUAGACUGCUCAAAAUAGAAAUGUACAAAUGGUUGUUUUUCUUUCUUUUGUGAAUCCAGCUGUCGAAUUUUAUUAAAAUGAAAUAGUAUCUUCAA